CAGGAGAAGUUUAAGUGCUGAUAUAAAUCAAGUUUUGAGAUUUAACAUGAACUUGGAAAGAGAUCCACUGGUGCUGGGGAGGGUGAUUAGUGAUGUGUUGGAUCCCUUCACCAGGAGCGUCACACUUAGGGUGACCUAUGGGUCGAGGGAUGUGGGCAGUGGGCGCGAGUUCAAGCCGUCACAAGUGGUCAACCAACCCAGGGUUGAAGUGGGAGGCACGGAUCUCAGAAACCUUUACACGCUCGUGAUGGUAGACCCAGAUGCUCCGAGUCCAAGUGAACCAAACCUAAGGGAAUACCUCCACUGGCUGGUGACAGACAUUCCAUCUACAACUGGAGCAACAUUCGGGCAAGAGGUGAUGGCCUAUUGUAGCCCGAGGCCGACGAUGGGAAUUCACCGGUUUGUGUUUGUGUUGUUCAAACAGCCGGGGCGGCAAGCUGUUGACCCGCCUGGGUGGAGGCAGAACUUCAGCACCCGAGACUUUGCCGAGUUCUACAGCUUGGGUUUGCCGGUUGCCGCUGUCUAUUUCAAUUGUCAGCGGGAGUCCGGCUCUGGUGGCCGGAGAAUGUAUCCAAUCUAGCUCAUGUAUCCUCUAUCGUCUCUUUAAUUAUAUAUGCACU